AUGGCUUCCGCAAAGGAAGAAGCAGUAGCUCUGAAGGAUAAGGGUAAUGCAGCCUUUGCUAAAAAGGAUUGGAACGAGGCCAUCGAUCUGUAUUCCAAGGCUAUCGAGCUGGAUGCUACUGUUCCAGCAUAUUUUUCCAACAGGGCUCAGGCAUACAUUAAAACCGAAGCAUACGGAUAUGCUAUCUCCGAUGCGACAAAGGCUAUCGAGUUGGAUCCUGGUUUUGUCAAGGCAUAUUACAGACGAGCCUUGGCAAAUACUGCGAUAUUGAAACCGAAAGAAGCAUUGAAGGAUUUCAGGGCCGUAACAAAGAAAGCGCCCGGAAAUCAAGAUGCCAGACUCAAGCUAUUGGAAUGUGAGAAGAUGGUCCAGAAGGCCGAGUUUCUAAAGGCUAUCGAAGUCGGAGAUCCCCCAUCUGCUGCUGAAGGACUAGAUCUCGACGGCAUAAAGGUCGAAGACACCUACGAAGGACUUGAGCUUGGCGAAGAAAUGACUCUCGAUUUCAUAAAAGACAUGACCCAGCGUUUCAAGGAAGGCAAGAAGAUACACAAGAAAUACGUCUUCCGUAUCAUCCUCAAAUGCAAGGAAAUCUUCUACGCCGAACCCACAAUGCCUGAAGUUACCGUCGAAAAGGGUAAAAAACUCACAAUAUGCGGCGAUACCCACGGACAGUACUUCGAUUUGCUCGAAAUCUUCGGCAAGAACGGAUACCCGAGCGAGUCGCAUGCUUAUCUAUUCAACGGAGACUUUGUGGAUAGAGGCAGCUGGUCGACAGAAAUCGCUUUACUCCUUUUCGCAUACAAAUGGUUGUGGCCAAAGGGAUUCUUCAUCAACAGAGGAAACCACGAAGCCGACCAAAUGAACAAGGUCUAUGGAUUCGAAGGCGAAUGCAAAGCCAAAUAUACUGAGCGAGUUUACAAGCUCUUCUCCGAAACCUUUUCCGCCCUCCCUCUCGCCCACCUUAUCGGCUCCAAAUACCUUGUCCUCCACGGCGGUCUCUUCUCCGACGACAAAUACACCCUGGACGAUAUCCGCAAACUCGACCGCCAUGCUCAACGCCAACCAGGUAACGAAGGUUUAAUGAUGGAAAUGCUCUGGACCGACCCACAAACCGAACCAGGCCGUGGACCUUCGAAACGUGGUGUAGGUCUGCAAUUCGGUCCAGAUGUUACCAAACGUUUCUGUGACAGGAACGGAUUGACAGCCGUCAUUCGAAGUCACGAGGUCAGAAUGGGAGGAUACGAACAAGAACACGACGGCAGGUGUAUUACCGUCUUCAGCGCACCGAAUUACUGUGAUUCGACAGGUAACAAGGGAGCUUACAUCAAUGUCAAUGAGGACUAUAAGUUGGACUUUGUCACCUUUGACGCGGUUCCACAUCCUAACAUUAAGCCGAUGGCUUAUGCGCAAAACUCUUUGAUGCAGAUGAUGUGA